AUGGCUACUGUGAUGCAUAUUAUGAGUUACUUAAAGUCUUCUCGUGGGAGAGGUUUAUUAUUUAAGAAAAAUGGCCUCUUGGAUCAUGAAGGUUACACUGACGCAGAUUAUCCAGGGAAUAUUAUAGAUAGACGUUCUACAUCAGGUUACUUCACCUUUGUUUGCAGUAACCUAGUUAUGUGGUGUAGCAAGAAGCAAAAUGUUAUGUCUCGAUCCUCUGUAGAGUUUGAGUACAGAGGGAUUGCCCAAGGGGUUUGUGAAAUAUUGUGGUUGAGGUGGUUACUUGCUAAAAUUGGGUUUAGACUGGAUGCUGCUCCAAAGCUCCACUGUGAUAGUCAGUCUACGUUUGAAAUUGCUAACAAUCCGGUGCAACAUGAUCGAACAAAGCAUGUAGAGGUUGAUCAACAUUUCAUUAAGGAGAAGCUGGGGCAUAAGUUAAUUUCUAUACCUUUUGUGCCAUCUUUGGAGCAACUUAUAGAUAUGUUGAUCCAUGUCGUGUCAAAGCAUCGAUUUGAAGACUCACUUGACAAGUUGGGUAUUACAGAUAUCUAUGCACCAACUUAA